AUGCCUUUUGGGUUGAAGAAUGCUGGUGCCACAUAUCAGCGAGCCAUGAAUUAUAUUUUUCAUGAUAUGCUCGGCAAGUUUAUGGAGGUAUAUAUUGAUGAUGUGGUGGUAAAGUCAGCAAUGAAGAAGGAACACUUAGUCCACCUUAAAGCAUCUUUUGAGAGGAUGAGGGCUCAUAAGCUAAAAAUGAAUCCAAUAAAGUGUGCCUUUGGAGUAUCGACAAGAAACUUUUUGGGUUUCUUGGUUCAUCAAAGAGCUGGGAAGUUACAUGUGUUUUCCCCGUUACUCAAGUUGAAGCUGAUGGAAGAAUUCAAAUGGGAUGAUAUACAUCAAAGGGCAUUUGACCAGAUUAAGAAAUACUUUUCCAGUCCUCCUGUUAUGAUGCCACCAAAGAAGAAAUGGCUGAUGAAGUUAUAUUUAUCAGCUGCUGAAAAUCCAUUGGAGCUAUCAAUGAAAUUAAGAGUCUAUAUAUUGCCUGUUUUGGUUUAUAUUGUUCGCCAAACCAAUCUUAUAAAGUAUAUGCUAACAAGGCCAUUAAUCACAGGCCGGAUUGGUAAGUGGGCUUUGGCACUAAUGGAAUUCAACUUUGCAUAUGUUCCACAAAAGGCAAUUAAGGGAAGAGCAUUGGCAGAUUUUCUUGCUGAUCAUCCCUCGCUUGAAAUUGAGUCACAAGUAUUUGAUGAGCUUAACUCGGCAUCCAUAUUCAUGACUCCGUGGACUUUAAUGUUCGAUGGGUCAAGUACCAGUGAAGGCUCAGGAGCUGGUAUAGUGAUAAUAUCCCCAACAGGGAAUCAAAUUUCGUUUUCCUUCUUUUUGGAUUUCAGGUGUUCAAAUAAUCAAGCCGAGUAUGAAACAUUAAUUAUCGGCUUGGAAAUUCUAUUGGAAAUGGCAGUCAAAGAUGUCCACAUUGUGGGAGAUUCGAGUUUAGUGAUUAAUCAAAUUUCAGACAACUUUAGAUGUUUGAAUUGGCAAUUAAGACCAUUCCAUUCAUUGGCAACCCAAUUGGUUAAUCAAUUUCACAAUGUGACUUUGGAAUAUAGACCAAGGGCCAUGAAUAAACUAGGUAAUGAUUUAGCACAGACAGCUUCAGGAGUUAGAGUGCCGAGUGGAAUGAAGGAAAGAGUAAUGAAGAUUACAUGCCGAUCUCUUCCAUCAGCUGAAACAAGAAAUUGA